CCUGCCACAGGAAUCAGAUGGGGCUCGCCACGCCUUCCUGCUCCUCGCUUAUACACGAAACAGUAUAAAACCGACCCAAGGAAAUUGUUUUGGCACAGAUCAAGUCAACAACUCGAUCAGUAAACAUGAUUAAGAUUUUUGGAUUAGCUGUUCUUUUCGCCAUUGCUCAAGCUGUGGAUGAAAUCGGUUAUACCACAUACCAUUCACAAACACCUUACCAUGCACCAAUUUCUUACGCCCCUUCCCCGGUAGCCAAAGUUUACUCCGCUCCAGUAGCAAAAGUAGCAAGUUAUGCUGCUCCCGUUCAUACCUACGCCGCCCCUAUUCAAACCUACGCUGCACCUGUACAAACAUAUGCCGCCCCUGUACAUACAUACGCUGCACCUGUAUCAACAUAUGCAGCCCCAGUACACACAUAUGCAGCUCCGAUUGCAAAAGUAGCAACAUACGCCCCUCAACAUGUCGCUUAUGAAGAUACACCAGCAGCUUAUGAUUUUGAGUAUGGAGUCAACGACCCACAUACCGGUGACAUUAAAAGCCAACACGAAUCUAGACGUGGUGAUGUCGUUCAAGGAAGCUACUCCGUUGUUGAUCCUGAUGGUACCAAAAGAACCGUGGAUUACACAGCUGACGAUCACAAUGGAUUCAACGCCGUCGUCCGUAAAGAACCUAUUGGACACGCAGCCGUUUAUUCACCACAACACGCUUAUUCUAGUCCCGUCGCUAAAGUAGCUUAUGGUUCAAUAAUCGACAAAAUCGCCCCAUCGAUAGCAUAUUCACAAGCUCCUGUAGCAACGUACGCCCAUGCAGCACCAGUAACAACUUACAGCGCACAUGCUCCCACGUAUGGACAUGCACCAAUAACAUACACGUCAUCUAUUGCACAUACUCCAGUAGCGUAUUCGGCACCUGUUGCUAAAGUUGCUGGAAUAACUUAUGCGUCACCAUCAACUGGUUACUACCAUUAGUCACUUCAUUAACGGUUUUAUUUAAAUCAAUGCGUGUUCAUAAUACUCAUAGCGAUGCUCAAAUAGUCUAAUUACUCUAAGCAAUGUAUUUAGCGUAUGUAUUAAUCGUAUAUAGAAACUCACAUUAAUGUGUUCUGCAUACUUAUUUUACUACUCAUAUCGUAAAUAAAUGUUUUUUUUAAUUAUCUAAAA